UUAAAUGAACUCCAAAAUUCUUGGUGAGGUUAUAAGUGAGGCCUUUUAUUUUGUAUACAGAAUUCAAAUGUGUUUCUAUUCUGCACCUCGGAUUCUUCUUCUUUAAUUGUUUUUUCAUCUGUCUUAUCCUACGCAGCAGCGGCGUAUUUUAGAGGACACCCGUGCAUAUAUAAUUUCUAAUAUGCCUUCGUGGAAUAAAUUAGGUAUGGCAAAACAGAGCGUACCUGCGGCGGAGACCGACGACGACGAGCCAGUGACGCCGGCCGGCAGACUUUUCGCGCAGCCGCUGAUGGAUCAGGUGAUAAACUGCGCAAUCGCCGGAGAAUCAGCGAUUAACCUCGAAUCGAUCAAAUCGGAGAUUCAGAAAUCGAUUAUGCUUAAGCAUCCUCGGUUUUGCAGCGUGAUGGUUACGGACGCCGCCGGCCGGCAAUUCUGGCGGAGGACUGAGGUCGACGUCGACAGGCACGUGAUUAUCAUUCACGAACCGAUCUCCGGCGAGGAGGAGUUCGUCUCCGACGAAGAUGCGGUGAACGAUUACGUGGCGAAUCUAACCGUCUCGUCGCCGCUCUCGAAGGAGAAACCGCUUUGGGAACUGCACGUCCUCGUGGCGCACAGAGCUGUGGUUUUCCGUGUGCACCACGCGCUUGGGGAUGGCAUCUCCUUGAUGUCGAUGUUCCUGUCGUGUUGCCGGAGACUCGACGAUCCGGAGCAGGCGCCGGCGAUCGCCGGCGUCGGCGCGGCGGCGAUUUUGCCGAAGCGGUGGAGCGUUUGGACGGUGGUGAAAUUGGUUUGGUUUACUUUACUCUACUCUCUGGAGUUGAUUCUGAGGCUGAUGUGGUUGAGCGACAAGACAACCGCCGUGAGUGGCGGCUCCGGCGUAGAGCUCUGGCCUCGGCGGUUAGCGACGGCGAGAUUCAGAAUUGAGGACAUGAAAACCGUCAAGCGUGCCGUCGCCGAGGCGACAAUUAAUGACGUCCUCUUCGGUGUAAUCGAAAUGGGGAUUUCACGAUACUUCGAUCUCAGAUCCAACAAUAGUUUGCAAGAAGGGGACCAGAUCACAGGUGUCGCCAUGGUGAAUUUGAGACCACAGGCAGGCCUGCAGGAUUUGUCGAAGCUGAUGAACACCAACGCCAAUUCUGGAUCUCGAUGGGGCAACAAAUUCGGAAUCAUUCUCUUACCUGUUUGUUACCACAAACAUAAUUCUGGCUCAGGUUCAGGUUCAGGUUCAGAUCCUCUGUUAUUUGUAAGAAGAGCCAAAGCAAUGAUUGACAGGAAAAAGCUGUCCUUAGAAGCUCCAUUUUCUUACAUGCUCAUGGAUGUUAUUACACAUUUAUUUGGGGCCAAGCUAACCAGCAUUCUGAAUUACCAAGUGGUCUGCAACACGACAUUCACAGUGUCGAACGUCAUCGGGCCGAGGGAGAAGAUCACACUGUGUGGCAAUCCUGUUAAGUACAUGAGGGUUACGACUAGCAGUCUUCCUCAUGCUAUUACCAUGCAUAUGCUGAGUUACGCGGGAUUUGCAGACAUGCAAAUCCUCGUAGCUAAGGAGAUCAUUCCGGACCCUAAACUUCUUGCAAAGUGCUUCGAAGAUGCCUUAAUGGAAAUGAAAGAAGAAGCAUCUACUAGUUUUCAAGGUAUCUAAAAAAGCCUCUUUAACACUUACUAUUACAACUUAGAGCUGUCAAUGGGUCGAUUCGUGUCACGUUGAAUGGGUUCUAAUCCGGUCCAUUUAUUUAUUGUGUCGGGUUCGUGUUGAUCCGUUUAUUAUCGUGUCGGAUUUGUGUUGACCCAUAUAAGUAAUCGGGUCGAAAUCCUUUAUCCAAAUCCUUUUUUUUUUUUUUUUUUUGUCAAAUUGCCAUAUCAUGUUAGUUGUUUUCGAUUAUAGUGUUAUGUAUAUAUUAAAUUAUGUUGAAUUA